UUGAUUCCAAAUAUCAGAAUCCACUGCAAGAUUCCCCGACGACUCGAAUAAAGGAAACUUUUCGAUUCACCAUCGAACUACCUCUUCAAAUCACUCAGACUUUCGAAGGGAACAUUUCAUCGUUAGAUCUGAUUUGACGUGUGAUUCAAAACGAGACACCCUAUAUACAGAAUAUUCGCUUACAUACGAGAAUGUUCUUAUAAACUGUAAUUCUUUGUGCGUUAAAACUUAUUGUCGAUCCCAUUUCAUAAAUUCUUUCAGCCCUAGCUCCGUCACGACUCAUCCUAGGUAGACGAUUCAGCCAACGAACCCACCUGGGGUGACCUGCCAUUUUCACAGUUAUUCGGGUAUUUGCACAGCUAUGAGUGUAAGAGCGACAGACUUCACAAAUACCCCGUAGGCCUACGUAUUUUCGUUGUCCUCUUGAUCCCCGAAGACCCUGUUCAUGAGCAACAUUCUUUGGUAGUCCCUCCCAUCCGUAGUUCUCGUGUAUUCUUUCUUCCUCUCAUGACUUUUUUGUCCUUUACUUGCUCUACGACAUGAGUAUACGGGGAAAAAUAUGAGCGAUAAUUUUUGCCACUGCAGAAAAUACAACGGCUAUCAUUCGUUAAUCCGGCUUCGUUAUUUCCACAAAUACAAACGAGACCCGAUUAUUUUUCUGCACAAAAGUACACAUUGUAGUGCUGAACUUUGUACCAGUUCUCCCUAACUCUAAUCUUCAAUGCGUUUACCAUCGACUGCUGGCUGCACUAAAAUUAAUUGUUCAAACAAAAGAUGGAGAAUUUAUUAAUUUCGUCGAUUGCGAGUAUCCAUUUCUUGUAAUUAAAAAUGUUGUCUCACCGUGAAAAAGUCGACUCCCUUCCGAAUGCCUGAUAUGUAACAAAGAAUAGAAUCGCAAAUGAAAAUAGAUCAUGAAAACUUUGUUUAUCUGACACAGUUUGUUAGAUAAUAAUUUAUCAUUUUCACUUCUGCUAUCUCAUUCCAGCUCGUAACUAAUAUCGUAAUUUUUUCGCCUAGAGAAAUUUUCCGAGGUAAGAACAGCUGCUGCUACGGUCGCUGCUGGUGUUCCGGCUGCUCAGACACAAAUUGAAUGGUUCAACGUUCCCUGAAGCAAACUGAUCACUGGUUACGGUAAGGCAGGUACGUCGGGUGAAAUGACUUCUUGUCGGAGAAAAUUACAGCGGUGGAUUUUUUCCAUCGUAACUAUAACCGGUCGACCACUGCGAUCUUGAAGAUUCUUUCGACCCCUGCAGGACAUUUACCCAACGUUCAAUUUUUCCAUUUUCUUCUUUCUUUUUUGAUGUCGCAGAUCACGUGAAAUGGUUUGAAAUAGAAUUUAAAAAUUAUCUGUCACAUUUGAACAAUAAAAUGAACACAUUACCGAUUAAUUGAAAUUGGCAAUUUACUACCAUGACGAAAUCGAAUUAUAUUUAUCAAAAAUUCAAUUGUACAUCCGUAGCGUUGGAAGCUCCGCUUCUGUCGAGUGUCCCGCAACACCUCACGUUUUUUUUCCCUCUCUAGAAUUUUUUUCUUCGAAAUUAUCGUCUAUAGACAUUGAAGAUCUAGAGAGCGAUUGAUUACGGAGACAAUUGUGAAAUUUCAUUGAUUAUUUCUUCAAUAUUACCGCAACGUACGUUCCUGAUGAAUACCGCAACAUAAUACAUGGUUGGUGAACAAUUUUUUUACGAUCAGAUUUGUUGCAUAGAAUACGUCUAGGGAUCAAAUAUAAAAUGGACAUAAGUUAAUCCUGAGGUAACGAGAUAAGGUAACAAUUACCGUGCAUUCUGCCUGAUGCCAUAUGGUCAUAGAUGUCGUGCUGCAAGUAUGUAAUUUUCUCGUGAAUUCGAAAAUAAUAGAGAUUAUAUGAAAUAUACUCUUUCGCGUUUCUAUUACAGCGAGCUCUCUGCCUUAUAGUUUGUUCGCAACGAGUCAUUCCUCAGUUUCCCAUAAGUUUGCGUCCGCAAAAAAUCUACUCGAAGAAAAUGUGGAAGAGGGAAAACGACCUCGAACAAUCAUCAGAGUUGUUGACCUUGAACAAACGUAUGCUGGAUCCCUUGGGGAUCUGGCCUAAAAGUAGAGCUAAACUACGAUUCACUGCGAGCUUUCUCUACAUCUUGAUUCACGUGAUCCUAGAGUGCGUGAACUUUUCACAAAGCAUCGGUAACCUCCAAGAAAUUCUGGCCAAUUUGUCCGAAUCUGCUACCUAUACAUUGUUAUUGAUUAAGAUAAUGAUAUUUCAUAAUAAUCAUUUGUUGAGUCGGAUGAUCGAUGACAUGAACGAGGACUGUGCUAAUAACACGAGAAAAACCAUCAGGGAACAACGAUUGUAUGGGGUUUACAAAUCGAUGACGAAAAACUUCUACAAAGUUAUAAUACCUCUCGUCUUUUCAACCGCUGUUCUCUACUACAUAAGACCACUCGCCAAGAUCUUAUUUGCAAAGAGUGGAAACGGAACUACGCCUCAUUUUGCAUUGCCAUAUCGGACUCCGUUCUACGAGGUAAAUGGAAUUUAUCGAUAUGUAUGUGCCUACACUUACCAAGCGGUGACAUUGCCGUUGGUCACAUUUGGAUUGAUCGGAUCGGAUGGAUUGUUGGUAUCAUUGACGCUCCACGUAUGCGGAGAAAUGUCGGUGUUGGCUGAAAACAUUGUAAAUUUGAAGAUAAAUGGCGAAAAGUCUCAUCAUAUCGAAAUGAGUGGAAUACUCAAGCGACAUCUACGAUUGAUAAAGAUGGCCAAGAACAUUAACAUCGCAUUCGCCAGCAUUCUGAUGAUUCAACUUUUACAAAGUCCGUUACUUAUCAUUUUAAAUGGGUUCAACGUAAUUGUGAAUUCCGCAACUUCUCAAGGGACGAAUUUGAUAACUUUUGCUCUGUACGAAGCGUCGAUGCUGUCGUUUUUGUUCAGUUAUUGCUUCAUCGGAGAAUGUCUUUCACAAGAGAGUAAACACGUUCGUGACGCUUUUUAUCAGUGCGACUGGUACGACAUGCCGCCGUCCCAGUCAAAGGAUUUCAUAAUAUGCAUAGCCAGAUCUCAGAAAACCCUAAACUUGACUGCCGGCAAAUUCUACGUAUUGUCAUUAGAAAAUUUUACUCGAAUACUCAAAACAUCGAUGGCGUAUCUGUCGGUCUUGAGGACCCUGUGUUAUCGAACCUAUGUACCAUUGGCGAAUGUGGUUAAAAUAUUGAUCGAUAAAUCCCCAAAUCUCUCUUCGGCUGAGAAAACAAUGAAAUGGAGUCGUUGGAUUCUCGGCUUACUGGGCAACUGGCCCGAGGACUCGCGCUAUUUUCGUUUACUGAUAGUGCUUAGCUAUACUUUUGUUCACCUUUCGACGCAGUGCACGUAUAUCUAUCAGAAUAUUACAGAUUUAGAAAAAGUAACAGUGAGUGUGACGGAAACUCUUCCUUUCACAGGAGUCGUGUAUAAAGCGUUUCUGUUGCUAGCGAAGAAGAAAAGUCUUUGUUCGAUCAUCGGCAAGAUUAGAGAAAAUUUACGUCUCAAGGAUUACAGGGAUGACGAAGAAAUUGAGAUUCAUUUAUUUUAUGACAAAAUGGCAAAAAUCUUCAUUCUCACCGUACCAACUAUGAAUUUUUUUUCGUCCAUCUCCUACUUUGCCAAACCAAUUGUCAAGCUGUAUGGAUCAAUGAGCGAGGGAAACGGCUCGCUGGUAUUCGAACUUCCCUACCGUGCCUCCCUAUGCUACGAUUUCGAAAACCUUCGGAACUUCGCGUUUACUUACGCGGUACAACUGCCGUUGCCUUUGAUCGUUACCGUAGGAUUUCUGGGUUCCGAUUGCCUCCUGGUCACCCUGAGUUUCCACGUUUCCGCCGAAUUCGCGAUUCUCGCACAUCGUAUAAAGAAUUUGAAAUGCGAUGCGCCAGGGUUUGAGGAAUCGUUCAAGAGUCUCAUCAAGAGGCACCUCCAUUUGAUAGGGAUGGCCGACGAUCUGGUAGGAUCUUUCAACGUCGUACUUCUGGCGCAGUUACUGAGCGGCACUUUUCUAAUUUGCUUUCUCGGCUACAACGUUCUCGCGCGCACAAAUACAGGCGCAGAACCGGCGGACCUUUUUGACUUUGUGGCUUAUGGCUUGUCGAUUGUCCUUUUAAUCUACGUUGAUUGUUACGUCGGAGAAUGUCUUACGCAGGCGAACGAUCUGGUGCGGGAUGCAUAUUUCCAAUGUUUGUGGUACGAGAUGCCGGUUAAAAGUUCCAAAUCAAUCAUCAUGUGUAUCCGUCACGCGCAACGGCCUCUGCACUUAUAUGCUGGGAAGUUUUACGUUUUGUCGUUGGAAAUGUUUACUCAAAUAAUGAAAACUGCUACGGCUUACCUCUCGGUAUUACGGAAUUUCCAGUAGAUAUCCUCGUUCGCUGAAUUUGUUAAUACUUCUAUGAUGAGAUGAAAUAUGGAACCCGGAUGGGAAUUACGAGUAAAUGCACAUCCACUGCAUCCAACACAUUGUACACAAUAUAUUUUCGUCCCGACCGUAUCACUUUUCGAGCAGGUUCAACUCUGUGACCAAACACACUCUUCACAUCUGAAUCGAUGAGAUCGACUAUUACGUCGGAAAUAUGUAUUCGGCUCGAAGUCAAGAUCAUUCAACGGAAUGUAACGAUGAUAACAAAACCACCAAUUGCGAAGCGCACCCAAUUGAUGUGUGCCGUAUCGCCAGCGCAGACGUAUCAGUCAAAGCUACGAAUUACAGUGGAUGAAACAAGCACGAAUUACGUUCCUACAGAAGUUAAUCAGAAAUAGAAAUAGACCUUCUUCGCAGCAACCUUCGUUCGAAGAAACCAGUUCCCAUACUGAAGUCAAAGUUACGCUUCGUGAAACUAACGAGUUUGUUGAUAAACACGUAUCGGCCGAGGAAAGGAUUAAUCCCGUUGAAAUAAAAGAAAAUAAAAUCACCGAUGAAAGGUCUCUCGGUGUUUUUCACAAGUCUUAGGCGUAUACAAACUUCAAUAUCUCCAAAUGAGUAUUAAUUAUGAAUCAAACUGCAGAGAGCACCGAUUAGAAUGAUUAGAAUGAGAAACGCUGCAUAAAAAUUGUACGGGUUUGUGGCGAAUCAGAUAUGAAUAUAGGAGAAUGAUCAUCGAACAAU